AUGCCGCCGAAGCAGGACAAUGUGCAGAAGCUGCUCGCUGCGGAGGAGAAGCGUUGCAAACUUAUCAAUGACGCCAAGACGCGCAAGCAGCAGAAGGUAAAGCAGGCCAAGGCCGACGCCGAGCGCGAGGUUACUGCCUUCCGCGCUGAGAAGGACAGGGAGUACGACAAGUACUGUGCGCAGCAGAACAGCGGCGCUGACGUCGAGAACUACGAGCUCGCACGUGAGACGGAUAAGGAACUGGAGGAACUCAAGGCGCUGGCGGCGCAGCGCAUGGACGCCGUAGCGAACAUGAUGGUGAAGCUGGUAACGACAGUGAGAGAGUAA